AUGCAAGACCAACAUCAUAUUGUAAAGAUCGGCGGCAGGAAGUCGAAGCUGGCCGUGAUCCAGUCUCACGAUGUGAAAGCAUUGAUUGAAGAUGCUUUCCCUCAAUACAACUGCACAGUGCGCGCUCUCAAGACGUUGGGCGACCAAGUUCAGUCAAAGCCAUUGUACUCGUUUGGCGGAAAAGCCGUUUGGACAAAAGAACUGGAAGACCUGCUCUACGAAAAAGAUAAGGAGAAGAGGAUUGAUUUAAUUGUCCACUCUUUGAAGGACAUGCCCACUUCUCUUCCAGAAGGAUUUGAGAUUGGUGGUAUCACAAAGCGGGUUGACCCAAGCGACUGUCUGAUAAUGGCAAAAGGAAGUCCCUACAAAAACCUGGACGAUUUGCCAGAUGGCAGCGUUGUGGGAACAUCCUCCAUCAGAAGAUCUGCACAAUUGAGACGCAAAUACCCCAAACUCAAAUUUGAGAGUGUCAGAGGUAAUAUCGAAACCAGACUCAGUAAGUUGGACGACCCGGUUACUCCAUUUUCUUGCAUCGUUUUAGCUUCCGCUGGGCUACUGAGGGUCAAGUUACAACACAGAAUUACUCAACGUCUAGAUUCGUCCGUUAUGUACCAUGCGGUUGGUCAAGGUGCUCUAGGGAUUGAAAUACGGUCGAAAGAUCCUUGGGUCACAUCGAUUUUGGAAAAGAUCAACGACAAAGAAACAACAAUCUGUUGCUUGGCGGAGAGGUCACUGAUGAGGACUUUAGAGGGAGGCUGUUCUGUACCUAUCGGGGUUGAGUCUCGUUAUGAUGACGUCACCAAGACAUUAUCUUUGAAAGGUGUAGUCGUGAGCGUUGACGGUUCUGAGGCUGUCGAAGAUGAAAUAUCUAUGGUCAUAGAAGAUAUGCGACAAGAUUCAAUCAUCUGUGGCCAGCAAUUAGCGCAAAGCAUGAUCAAGAAAGGCGCGAAGACAAUUCUUGAUCAUAUCAAUCUGGAUAAAGUUGUGCAAUAA